AAGAAGAAGAAGAAACUGAAAGGGAGAUCGAUGGAUUCAGCCACAAGCCAAAGAUUAUCGAUUUCUCUAGCAGCAACCCUCUCCCUAAUCCUGAUACAUUUGACUCUAGUCAACUCUUUCACUGAAAUCCCAACAGCAUACGAGGUUCUUGAGGACUACAACUUCCCAGUUGGCCUUCUUCCAGAAGAGGUGGUGACGGGCUACAAGCUCAACCACAGAACAGGUGAAUUCUCAGCCUAUCUCAAUGAUAGUUGCAGCGUCUAUGAAGGAGGAUACCGUUUGAAAUACGAGCCCACUAUCAAAGGUUACAUAUCAAACGGCAAGAUAUCUAGCUUGGAAGGUGUUAGUGUGAUGUUCUUUCAUAAGUGGAGAAAAAUUGUUGAGAUCCUCCGGCGUGACAAUCAUAUUCAUUUCUAUGCGGGAGUGGCAAGAGACAGGUUCCAUAUUAAGGACUUUGAGGAAUCUCCUCAAUGUGUGUGUUCCAUGAACUGCUUUCCUACUUCCUAGGCAAGCAAGCAAGCAAGCAGGAUCACGAUAAAUCCUUCUGUUUCUCCUUAACUAGUAGACUAUUGAAUUUAGUUGUGUACUUUAAUUUCUGACUCGUUUUCUGGAUUGAUUUAUGUGGGUUGUGCUUAUUUUAAUGAAUUACUGUUUUUAAUUUACA